UUACAAGGUAGACAUUGUGUGGUUUUUUGGCGCACCAGCCAAAAACAUUGCCUACCCCUGAUCUAGAGUUUAGAGGAGAUAGAGUAACAUGUACUCCUCCUGAGUCCUGACUAGGCCCCUCAACCUGGUCACCUCUCCCCUCAAAGGACUGGGAGUGGACACUGGCAGCUCCCUACUACAGGGAAACAAGCAUCUUAUUACCCUUCUUCCUUGUGUGAAGAAACAGCUGAAAUACUGUUGUGGGUAGCAGAGCCUCAGAGGAAAAAGAAACCUAAAGAUUUUGGUGGUGGAAUGGAAUCUCCUGGACCCUGAGAUCCACAGAAGUACCUAACAAACUGUAUCUAGCAACACAAAGGAGCUGGAAGUAGACUUCUUGUUUACUGAAAGCAACAUGGUGCGACCAUCUUCUAACAUAUGGAAGCAUUUCCACACAGCAACUACAAGUAAUUUUGGAAAAAAACUGCGUUUUGCAAAUACUGUCAAAUUAAAUGUGCAUUUCCAAGUGCUACCAGGAUGAUCAAACACAUCCUUGCAUGUAUGAAGUGUCCUGCAGACAAAAAAAAAAAAGAAAUCCUUCAUGAGUGUGAAUGAGGUAGAUCAUGAUGAUAACGGAAGUAGCACUUGCAAACGUUCUCAAUCCAGAAGUCCUCCUGCUUCUUCAGUAACAUCAGCAUCACAAAGCAUUACUCAGUCAACAUCAUCAGGUCUAUACUGUCAACUUGGAAUCUCGCUAUUUGCUAAUACAGGGAGUUCCUGCGUUGGGUGUUAUGAAGGAAUUAGUUGAACAGUUUGCAUUAUAUGGUGCCAUUGAAGAAUACAAUGCUCUAGAUGAGUAUCCAGCAGAACAAUUUACAGAAGUUUAUCUCAUCAAAUUCCAAAAGUUACAGAAUGCAAGAGUGGCCAAGAAAAAAAUGGAUGAACGGAAUUUCUUUGGUAGCUUGCUCCACGUGUGUUAUGCUCCAGAAUUUGAAACAGUCCAAGAAACUAGGGAGAAGUUACAAGACAGAAGAAAGUAUAUAGCAAAAGCAACAAGUAGUAAAGAUCAUUUUUCAAAGAUGCCACAGGAGCCUAAAAGGACUGUGUCAAAUAACUCAGAGUAUGACUUUCAGUCGCCAACCUCAGGAUUCCGUGCUGCUGAUAGAACUGUUGGCAACUGGGAUCCAUCUGCAUGUUUUCCAGACUUUUACAAGACAUUACAUUGUGACGUCUCCGCAGGAAACAUAGCACAUCCUUCAGGAUAUCACUCUCAGAGUCAUUUGGCAUCCCCUCAGUGUGUCCAUUACAGUACUAAAGCUUAUGAGUGCUUUAGCUACAAUCCAUCUCUGAAGCCAGCCGUACAGCAGGGAAGACAUAAACAUGUAUCUGCUUCUCCUGCACUGCAAAGAACUUUUGAUAAUGGAAUUGAUAGAUUUAUGCCACGGACAACUCAGCUGGCAGAGCGGAAGAGAAAAAGAGACGAAGGCAAUAAACUUGGAAUAAUUGGAACAAAUUCAGAUAGUAAUGAAGUUGUCAUUGGACCUCAGCUGCCAGAAAUGCCCAAAGUGGAUAUGGAGGAUGAUUCCUUGAAUACUUCAGCAAGCUUAAUUCGAAAUAAACUUCAAGAGGUGGCAGCUUCCGUUCCAGAAACUUUGAAGGAAAACCGACAGGACAUUCAAGCAAAGCCACUUGUAAAACAGAGAAGAAGAAUAUAAAUGUUCACUCUUUUUAAAGGAUACAAUUUCAGUUAUUUAUUUUUCUAA